UUUGCAUUCGUUGACGUGCAUCGGUGCUGCGGGGCGCCGGAUUCCGAAGGUCUUGGGGCGCUGCUGAAGAACAAAGACCUGUUUGUGAUUCGCAGGAAGAAAGUUAAGUCUUAACUUUCAGGGAAGCUUUAUGUGCGUGGCCGUCUGGCUUCUAGAAAACCCGGGAAGGACUGCCGCUCCCCUGGUCUUGCUGGAGUUCGGUAAGUCUUGCUGUGCUGCGACUUGGGGCGAAGUGUGUGUGUGUUUCUGGGGAGCCUUUCGCUGUGUGAUGACCUGUAGCUGGUCCCAUUCCAGGAGGUUUUUGGCGCGCAAACGGCUGAACCCCUUCGCAAGGCAGCCAGCGUGUCCGGUGACCGACAUUGUUGAGCUCUUGGGAAAGAGCGUGGCAUUUCUCUCGUUGGUCGUGCGAGGGGGAAGAUGAAUGGUCUGCUGCAGGAAUCACUGACAUUCCAGGACGUGGCCAUCGACUUCACUCCAGAGGAGUGGGAGCUGCUUGCUGAUGAUCAGAGGACCCUGUACUGUGACGUGAUGCUGGAGAACCUGAGAAACCUAAUCUCACUGGGGUACCCAGUUACCAAGACAAAGGUCUUCGUUGAGGUGGAGCAAGGACAAAAGCGGCAGAAGGUGAAUGGAUGGAAGCCAUACUGGAGCCAUACAGAAGUUGUCUGCCUCCUUUGUGAACUAGAGAGACAGGAGGGAAUCCAAGAUGACUUUUUGAAUCAACAUACAUUUAUCAUCAAGAAAAAACUGUCUAAGAAGGGAGACCGGAAGUGCAGUCUGAGUGGAAGCGUUAUUUCGUCAAGACAAGAGAAACCUAAGACUGAAUCAGAUGGAAACAGUUUGCAUACUAAUUUUUACGUACUUAGUUACAAUAAAAAAUAUAAUGGAGAAAACACUUAUGAGGACAAGGAAUGUGGUAAUGCCUUCAAAAACAAGUUUUAUCUUAUUAGAUACAAAAAGAAAGCGUGCAAGAAAAAACCCUGUAGCCCCAAUGAGAGUGAGGAUGCCUUCCACGAGAAGGCUCCUCUCCUGCGUCCCGAGAGAAACGAUAUACCAGAAAAGCAGAGCUCUACAUGCAGUGAGUGUGGGAAAAUGUUUAGCAGUAUGGAAAACCUCGUAGCCCAUAAAAAAACCCAUACUGCAGAGCGGGCUUUUGUGUGCAAUGACUGUGGCAAAGCUUUUAUGCGAAAAACCCAGCUCGUGGCCCACCAGAGACUUCACACUGGUGAGAAACCGUACAAGUGCAACCAGUGUGGGAAGAUGUUCACUUGGCACUCCUCUUUUAAUCAGCAUAUAAAAUCACACACGUUGGAGCACUUGUUUGAGUGUAAGCAAUGUGGGAAAACCUUCAAGUACUGCUCAUCCCUAUAUAAACAUUGUAGAAUUCAUGCAGGUGAGAAGCCAUACCGGUACAGAAAACGCAACAAAGUCCAGGCUGACUCGCCCGUGUUCCCCAUGCGCCCCCGAACUCAUUUGGACGAGAAACCCUACGGAUGCACAAAAUGUGACAAAGCCUUUGUUAGAAAGGCCCAUCUCUUGCAGCACUACUUAAGUCAUCUCGCAGAACAGCAGAGCAAAUGUGACAUGUGUGGGAACUCCUCCCCGGAGGACGCGUCUCACUCUCCAUCAAAGAAGUCAUGAAACGAUGGAAGGCGGCAAGACUCAGGAGCGUUCUUAGCAAUGAGGAAUUCAUCACCAAAAAAAUAAGCUCCCAUCAGGUGGGCAAAUGUGUAAAGAUAAUCUUCUGGGGUUCAUGUUUGUGAUGCCAUCAGUUUUCGAAAAUGUGACUGGAGUUUUUAGAAAUAGUUUUGCUAUAGUAUAUAAAGUUUAGAAAAUUAUGACAAAAUAAAAUGAGAAAAAUGAACAAUAUGACAAUGAUUAUGUAUAAGAGAAUGUACUCUUCUGAUAAAUAUUUUUAUACAAAUUAUAAAAAUAUCUGCAUUGCAUAAGAAUUUUAUAUAACCACAAGUUGAAAUCUAUCUUAUACACAUUAUACAGAAUUCUAUCUAUUAUGAUGAGGGUUGAACAGUAUUGAGAAUGUUUGUAGUGCCAGCAAGCUGUAUACUUAGAAUGGUUAAAAUAGCAAAUCCUAUGUAUAUUUUGCUACAAUUAAAAAAAAAUGAAAUUUU